AGUCAGUAGCGUAGCUAUCUCUUUGCUGACACCGUACCGUUUGGUUAUAUAUCUGUUCAAACAUUUGUAAGAUAGAGCGGUGAAUCGUUAUUCCAGAGCAAGUAGUGAUCAGAAUUGUGAAGGGACGAUUACUAGAAUACGAUACUUACCUCAGCCAUUCUACGUCUUCAAGAAACGUAAACCUUCUAAAGGGUAAUACAAAUGGCUGUAAUUUGUAAAUUUUAAACUGUAAAAUACACACACCCGUCUUCAAUAAGCAACUAGUUAAGUAUGAUACUUCGUUGGACUCAGGGUCUUCUUUUGAUGUUCUUCUCUACUUUUCACGACUGUAUAGGUACAACUGAGAAAGAAAAAAUAGUAGGUAUUGCCGGCUUCAAGGUAGCAUUACCAUGUAACAUUACUCCACCAUCUCCAAACGACGAGCUUCUACUUAUACUGUGGUACAGGGGAGACACUUCUAAUCCACUAUACACCAUGGAUGCUAGAAGAGGCGUUACAAACCACACCAGACAUUCUUCAGCUGAUGGGUUGUCUGGUAGAGCUUACUUCAGUAUCGUGGAUAGACCAGCUGUACUAAUCCUUGAACCGGUAUAUGCAGCUGACGCCGGGACAUACAAAUGUAGAGUAGAUUUCCGAAUAGCCAGGACUAGAUAUUCCAAAGCGGAGCUGUCAGUAAUAGUUCCUCCGAAGAAGCCUAUAAUCACUGACGGCAAGGAAAAUGUCCUGGAAAGUUUGAUCGGUCCCUAUAAUGAAGGAGAUAGUUUGACAUUAGUUUGCGAAAGUGAAGGAGGAAACCCACCUUCUUCUGUCAUCUGGUGGAGAGACUCGAUGAUAGUGGAUGACAGUUUUCACACUGUCUCUCAAUCUAUAGUUCAGAAUAUUUUCGUUAUCAAAACUCUGAAUAGGCGACAUCUGAUGGCUACGUUUUCUUGUCAGGCGUCGAAUAACAAUCAAUCACCUCCAGUUUCAACAACGGUGACAAUUGAUAUGAAUUUCAAGCCUCUUGCUGUGUGGAUUGAAAAUAGCAAUCGACCACUAUCAACCCAAAAACCUAGCAAGCUAGUUUGUAUCGGAAUAGGAUCACGUCCUACUGCGCAGCUAACCUGGUGGAUUGGAGGGAAAAAGCUUGAAAGUGCCAAAAAGACGUCUCCAUUUGAUGAUAACCAUAGUGAGAAUAAGACCAUCAGUGUUCUAAUAUUAAAACCAAAUAUUGAAGAUAACGGCAGAUAUCUAUCAUGCAGAGCAGAAAACCCAUUAAUCCCAAAGAGUGAAAUAGAAAGCGGUUGGAAAUUGGAUGUACACUAUAUCCCUCAACUUACCCUUCGUCUAGGAAGUAAAUUACGCCACAGUCAUAUUCAAGAAGGUAACGAUGUUUAUCUAGAAUGUAAAAUUCGAUCAAACCCCCCCUCCUCUGAAAUAGUUUGGAGAUUUGAUGGUCACGAGCUGAGUACCAACACUUCAGCUGGAAUUAUAAUUAGCAAUCAAUCUUUGGUAUUGCAAAAGGUUAAAAGAAGCAACAGAGGACAUUAUACCUGUUCAGCCUUGAAUAGCGAGGGAAGAGGUGAAAGUAAUACAGUAUUUCUUAGAGUACAGUAUAAACCUCAAUGCAAAAAUGACCAGAGGUUUCUGUACGGGACGUCAAAGAACGAGGCUGUUAAUGUCUCAUGUGGCGUUGAAGCCGACCCACCUGAUGUCAGAUUUCGUUGGAAAUUUAAUAAUUCAGGCCAUGUGGUAGACAUUCAAAAUUAUUACCAGGAAAACUCCAGAAGUUUAGCAACUUAUACUCCUAGGACACAGUACGAUUAUGGCUCAUUGUUGUGUUGGGCAACAAACGCUGCUGGUUCACAAGAUAUCCCAUGUGUUUUUAGCAUAAUACCUGCAGGAGCACCGGAUCCUCCAAAGAAUUGUACCGUGGUGAAUAAAUCAGAAUCUUCUUUUAGAAUCGAAUGCUUAGAAGGCUAUAACGGAGGACUCCCCCAAUAUUUCACGAUGGAAGUUCGUGACAAAUAUCUAGAAUCUGUCUUACUCAAUUUAACAACCAAACAACCAGUUUUUACAGUCGACGGUCUUCGCUCAGGAAAGACUUUUGUUGUAACCAUUUCAUCAGUAAAUGUCAGAGGAAGAAGUCACAGAGUGAUGCUGAAACCAAACACGCUCCAUGUUCCAGAAACUCUAACACAUAAAGAUGCAAAAUGGUCUGCGAAAGUUAGUCCUGUGUUAAUAGUCUUGAGUGGAUUGACUGGAGGACUACUUUUAGUAGUCAUCAUUGUAUUUCUCAUUUUGCGAUAUCGCAACUCAAACGGACACCAGUCAAAAGAAGGCAUAUUAAAGAAUGACACUAUACCGAACAGAUACGGAAAGAAUGACCAUAACUUUACAGAUAUGUCCUCUCAGAAGUGUCCGGAUAUCAUCCCAGAGACAACUGUACUUUCAGGAGAAAAUCAGCUUAGGAAUUUCAGUAGAUAUGAAGACUUCAAGAAAGAUUAUGAUUCACGAGUUGAAGACAACUGGCCAGAUAAAGAUACCAUAGCACCUGAUACUUGUAGAUCUCAAGUUCUUGAAAUGGUCCCCCCUCGCCCUUCAAGCGUUUCGGUGGCAGAAGGACAUCAGACAUUGUUGAAAACACAGUUUUUUCGGUCACCUGUUGAGAAGCCAAGUUUGACAGAAAACAUUUCCAGUCCAGUUUGUAUCCAUUUGACUACCAACAAAAGUGAAGCUGAAUUAACUCUCGUAACGAGAGAAACGGAUUGAUAAAAGCUGUUCCCGAGACCCUGAAAAUGUGCAGAAUUUACCUGAAUAAUGUUUACAGCCUCAUUUAUAUUGUUUGAAUAUUUUCGGGGACUCUGUCGUGAAACAGACAUCGUUAUUAAAACCCGAAACGGAGAAAACUGUAAUUUCAUUUAUAAUAUGUUUCUUUAGUGUCAUGCCGAUGUUUCUGCAGUGAAAUUAAAGAAAUAUCUGUAAAAAUACGUGCAUCUGUUUAUAUCUCAAAGUUGAGCGUAAAAUAUUAAAAUGCUUUGUUGUCAGAUUUUAUAUGUAGCUUAAAAUAAAUAAUCUUUUAUGUGAAUAUACUACUGGUCGUUUCUAUUUAAUAUUUAGUUUCAUUACAAAUGUAACUAAUAAGUAAUAUAUAUAUCCUUGCAACAUACC